AUGUGCAAUAAAUAUUUUCAGAAUUCCGGCUAUCCGUCAUAUGACACCCCAUCGCGCAAAAUCCCAUCGCUGAUUGAUGAACCAUUCGAAAGGGAUCCUCGUUUGCCUGGCGGUCUUGAUUACAAUCCUUCCCCAGUGCGGGACAUAAAUCGUUAUGUCGAGCCCCUUGGCGGCAGCAUGGACAGCUCUCGCAUGCGCUCUUCACAGCCUGUUGAUCGAAUUACUUACCCAUCAUUGGGUGGUGGUGGUGGUGGAAGUGGACCCACCCCUCUGUUUGGGCAGUCAUAUUCCGCAUUUGCCAGUCAAUCAUAUGGAGGAGCCACGAAUUACGGAAACAGCUCAGUCAGAAGACCGUACAGAUAA